CGGUCCACAUAAAUAUGCCCGGUCAUGCCACAUAAAUCAGUGUCAUAAAUCUGCGCGUCUCGUGUACGGAAUUAUGUGUCAGUGUCCCGCAGCCAGCCACAAAAUAUCCUAGAUAUUUAUCCGCCGAGUGCCAAAUAAAAACUUGGCUAAAGAAAAACAACUAAGGCAAGCAAAUUAACCGUUUGGCGGGAAACGAGAGAUAAAGUGGAAUACCCGCGGGUGGAAGUGUAGAAAGUCAAGUGAAAGUGGCGGCUGCCGUUCCCCCAAAAAAUCAAGAAAUAUAUAUAUAAAAUCCUUUUUGUGUCAGCGUGCUUGGAAUGUUCAUCUGGGAGGCGUGAGCUACUGAAAGAUGGCCAUCCUGGAGUCUUGUUGCUUUUGGAAGGAUGUGCGUAGCGGCAGCUUUGCCUGCGCCAUCUACACGUUGGUUUACUUUGGCUUCUCGACGCUGAUGUUUUUGUUCUACCUGUUCGAGGAGCAGGACUUUCUGCUGGGGAACCGGGCUCAGCCGAUGGGCGAGAGCCUGCUGGAGAAGGGCGAUGUGACUGUAGUGACUGUGAUAUUCAACGUUUUGUUACUCUUUUGCUCGAUACUGAUGGUCCUGUCCUCGGUCCUGUUGAUAUUGGGUCUCCAGCAGAGCAAGCGCCAUCUGUUGAUACCCUGGAUUUGCUUCAUGCUGGGCGACCUGCUCAUCGAGGUCUGCCACCUGGUGCACCUGUCCCUCUCCCGCCGCGUCAAAUUCGAUCCGAUUGUCGGUUUCAUCUUCACCAUGGACUUCUUCCUUCUGUGCCUCAAUCUCUACUGUCUGCUGUGCGUCAUCUCGCAGUACCAGACAUUCCGCUCCCAGCGAGCGGAGCUGCAACAGGCGAACUCGGCGGCAUCGCCUAUUGUGGUCUUCACAGCGGCCGAGAAGCUAGCCAAAUCGCAGCAGCAUUCGCAGCCAGCGCGUCAGCAGCAUAAUAGUUUGCUGCAGCAGCUGGAGACCGGAAGCGGAAAUGGGAAGCGGCGACGUAUGCUCGGUGCAGCCAGUCCGCUGAUAACCUCGCAGCGGCUGACCAACUUCUCCACCAUCACCGAGGAGGAGGAGCAGCAGUCCCGAACAGGCCACCCUUCGGAGCAGUCAAAUGGAGAACAACUGGCCCGAAUACCAAUUAUAACCUUGGAUUCCAGUCCAGCCCAUUGCAGUGAUGCAAGUGCAUCUCAUCACUAAGCCAACGUUACGUGUUUCGUGUCCCCAAUAUCCCGUACCCAAUACCCGGCUGAGAUUUAAGCAAGAGUUCAGAUAUUUUUACAAAUUGUUUGACCCGAG